GCCGGAGUCAGGCCAGUAAGGGUGUUGCUUUCGGCGCGUUCGCAUCGCAUCGCGGUCUCACUGGUUUCGGUGGUGUUUUUUGGGGAGCGUUCUUUGAUCCUGUUUCCUGUUUGUCAAGAGGAACAGGGCUCUUCUUUGGUGGAGGAUUUUCUCUGUUUUGUUUUAUGGUGGAUGGAAAAAAAAACAGUAGUCGAAUGAUGUUUUUUCGUUGGACUAACCUAAGUUUGCAAUAAUUGGGUGUCUUUCACUACUAUUAUUGGUGAAUAGGCUCUCUGGACCAGAAGGAGUCAUGGAAGGAUUUGUGGAAGGUUUUGCUCGGUCGCGCCGUGUGAAGGACGUACCGGUUUUGCUCUUGCUUUUGCUUUCGGUUUCGGUUUGCAAAGGGCGGGUCAGAGCGCUGGGAGAUCCAUCAUCCGGACGGCCUUCUCCGGUGGUUUGAUUGAUAUAUGUUUCGUUCUUCUUCUUGGCUGGUUUUUUGGGCAAGGCCGUUCGUUUUCCUUCAAAUGGAGCGUCUGUGUUCAGUGAUUUCUGGCUGAUUAAUCUAUCUCACGCUGACCGAGGAAAGUGAAAUUCGAAGCUUCGAGGGGGUGUGGUGUUUGGAUGUGGAUCACUCUAGAAUUUGUUGUUAUCAAAAACAGCUCGUCGGUCUCGCCCGCCAGAAGGUAUACCGAAAGGCGCCCGAAAGUAUACUCAGAGGGAGCCCAUUAGGCGAUGUGCGCUCAGAGACCAAUCAAAGAGCCAUCAGCAGCCAAUUUGCCGACGCUUGACGUGUUCUGUUGUUAUCUAUCUUUUGAGGGUGUCUAUUCUCGUCUCCAUGGAUCUUAGGGAAAACCUAUUAGCUGCCGCCAAGGCAAAUUCCUCAAAAGGAUGUGAUUUACGCUAGUUGUGCUACUCCAUAUGGCACGAAAGGCCCAGCCACAAAAAAGGUUGAAAUUAUAUCUUUCUCAACGCACCACGCAUUGCAUAGACUCAGGCGUUUGGGGACGUGUGUUUUUCGUGAAGAUUUUGUGAAACCACCACCCCAAAGAAAGGUGGCGACAUGGCAGCUCUGCUGUGGAAGUGUACCGUUACCCAUGAGUGCUCAAGUUAACCUUCGUUCGGCUGUUUCGAGCCGCGGAAGCAGAAAUUGUGACGUGACGUGAUAGGAGAAGUAGAAGAAGAACACGACAAAGUUUGCCUUGCCGCGGUGCGGUUGCCAGAACUCAACCACCUAUAGUAUUCCGCGACGACUUAUCCAAAAACCAUCAACCCAUCAACGAAAAGGCUGAGGGCAAAAGGGAAUGCUGGAAGAAUCCUCCGGAGAAACCGAACGCUCGGGUGCUGGUUGAAAGAAGCUUGAAAGGUUUGAAGGUUGACUCCAUUCGUGACCGUGAAGAAAAGUGCUUCCCCACAGCCAUAUGUGUUUGUAACAAGAAGAAGAAGCAAGGAUAGGAAAUACAGCACUCAGCCAGAAGAGCACGAGCAACCCCGACUCCCCGAUUUGAGGGAGAUAAAUCUACGCUAGCACUUGAAGCACAUGAAGAUGAUGAUGGCUGCUGCUGUAAUGUGAUAUCGAGAAAGUGGUGUGUUUGUUCGUCGUGUCGUGUGUUGUUCCUGGGUGCUGUGCUGUGCGUUUGAGAGAGAGUGUGUUGUGCACCGGGAUAUUUCCUCUUCUUGGUGGCAUCGAUUUGAAAAAUAAACUUCCAACCGAACGGGUAAGGUAACGCGUUCCUUGGAGCAGAAGGGAAGAUAAACUGAAACCAACAGGGCAUAAGGAGCAGGUUUCGCCGUUUAACAUCCUCAGCCCAGACUGGUUCCUGUUCCGAUUCCCCCAAACAGGAGUGGGAAACGGGUUGAUAUCUAAUUGAAGCGUUGACGAAGUUCGAAGAAGAAAAAAGUAAAAUCAGAAAUAUACCAAUCAGCAGGUUAUCAGCAGGCAUAACCACCAGCAGGAGCCACUUCUACGCAGUUUAACAUCGGAACCGGCUAAGAAAAGCCGGUUCGAAGAAGCAGAAGAAGACCAAGAAGUGACACGAAUAAUCAGCCGGCUUGUGGGUGGGUGGGUCGGAAAAACCACUCGGCCAUCCAUCAGAAAAAGUGUGUAUCGCAAAAGAGUUUCGUUCCCCAUCAAGCAUUCAUUCCUGCUCUUAUGUACGCUGUGCUGCCAAGUAAGAUAAAACAUCGACGAAAGAUGGUGCAUGGUGCUUUUUCCCGGUCUUGGCAAUCUUCUUCAUCUUAUCGCGAUGGUAAAGAGGGCCAUUAACUUGGCCAUAGAUAUUCCCGGAAUGAUUUCCAUCGGCAGCACCGUCCUCGUCAAAUCCAAAGUCCUGACCAGCAGUCGCAAAAGUAGCAACAGCAUCAACAAAACCAACAAAAACAACAACAUUGCCAGUAGCAGUAACAACAAUCGUAACCUCCUCGAUGGCAAAAGUGGCCGAAGCUAACUCAUCAAAGUUAUAGCAUCUGGGCAAAGAAGGAGUAGGAGCAGCGAUAGUAGUAAACUCCUCCGGACCGCCAAGAAAAACCGACGACCAUGGACUUCCACAAGGCACCUCCUCCAAGACCACCCAGCAUCGGAACUGCGCUGACCAAGUCCAACGAUGUGUACGACUACAUAUUCAUCGACAGUGGCAGUCCGGAUUCGUACCUGGCGGCCGGUGAAUUGGCCCUGGCCAGCAUCGGAUCCAGCACCGGCAUCAACGACAGCAGUCUUCUGCUGCUCAAUGGGACCUGGAACAAUGGAACCGGAAACGGAACCGGCCUGGACGGACUUGGACAGGAACCGCUGGCCGAUCUGAUUGCAAUGGCCGUGACGUCACUGAUUCUUGGACUGAUGAUACUCGUUACCGUUAUAGGAAACGUUUUCGUUAUUGCCGCCAUUAUCCUGGAGCGUAAUUUGCAGAAUGUGGCAAAUUAUUUAGUGGCUUCACUGGCCGUCGCUGAUUUACUCGUAGCUUGUUUAGUUAUGCCCUUGGGUGCCGUAUAUGAGAUAAGCCGUGGUUGGAUCCUCGGGCCGGAGCUUUGUGAUAUUUGGACGUCCUGUGAUGUCCUGUGCUGCACCGCUUCGAUUUUGCAUCUGGUGGCGAUUGCCACGGAUCGAUACUGGGCCGUGACCAAUAUCGAUUACAUGCACUCCCGGACGAGCCGGCGGGUCUUCACGAUGAUCUUCCUGGUUUGGUUUGCCUCUGUCAUCGUAUCGCUGGCACCGCAAUUCGGCUGGAAGGAUCCCGAUUAUCUGGAAAGGAUAGAACAGCAAAAGUGUAUGGUUUCACAAGACAUCGCCUAUCAGAUUUUCGCCACGUGCUGUACCUUCUACGUGCCCUUGCUGGUGAUUCUGGUGCUCUACUGGAAGAUCUACCAAACCGCCCGCCGGAGGAUACACCGAAGGAGACCGAAGCUGCCAGCCACGGCCAACAAUAAUCAGGAAGAAACUCCUAGCAAACAGCCCAAAUCGAAAAUUCGAUUCCGGCUGAAGAACCGGUUUUCCAAUACCGGUAAAUCGGCGGCCUCUUCGUUGGGGCUAGUCGAGGGUAACUCUACUAAUACCGUUAAUACAGUGGAAGACACCGAAGGAAGUUCCACCGGGCAACAUCCGGGCACAGGGCCACACCUAGUGGUAGCCGGCUCGAAGGACAACGCAAAAACCACCGAAAAUGGCUGUGAAACAGCCUUCCGAGGCGAAGAGGUCCCAUCGGUAGCUCAAAUGACGAGGCCAACGACGGCGAUGACGACGUCGAUGGCAAACAGCAGUCAGCAAAUACCGACAGUUUCCCACGAGGUUGCCCACCGGCAAAUGUCGGAACCGUGCAGCAUCAACAACAACAACAACAAUAACAAUCACAACAACAACAGCAGCAGCAACUCGGCUUCUGGGAGCAAUAGCAAUAUUCAUCCCCAUCACCACCCAGACGGUCUAGCGUCCUCAUCGACGUCGGCAAUUGCGAACCCCAGUAAUCCCCAACGACAACAACAAAAUCAACUGCGACCCACCAGCACCAACACAGGCAACAGCAUCCCGACGGUGAAUUCGCCAUCCACGACGCUGCUCGGCACCACCGGAACGGGAAGUGGGACGACGAUGGCCCUGGGAGCGCAGCACGGCGGAUCCACCCUCAACAUUUCGAGCACCCCUAAUCCGCACGCUCAGGUUUCCAAACGGAAGGAAACUCUGGAGGCGAAGCGGGAACGCAAAGCGGCAAAAACGCUGGCCAUCAUCACCGGAGCCUUCGUCGUGUGUUGGUUGCCAUUUUUUCUCACCGCCCUGCUGCUUCCGUUGUGCGAGGACUGCUACAUCAACAACACGGUCGAGUCGCUCUUCCUGUGGCUCGGUUACUUCAACUCCACCCUGAACCCGGUCAUCUACACCAUCUUCAGCCCGGAAUUCCGGCAGGCCUUCAAGCGAAUCCUCUUCGGAACCCACCGGAGCACUAACUAUCGGCGCAGAAAGCUGUAAUACCCUCCGCCCUCCUCGAAAUAGGGAAGGACCAACCCAUCUAGAGUAGUAGGUUCGAAAAGCUGCUUCCAUUAGGGAGGAAGAUUUUCACCAGCAGCGGCCCACCGACCACCCUCAACCGGUCGCCAUUAUUUUUUUUAUCUAAGCCGAGAUGCUCAGGAAUUAGUUCCCAUCAUUUCCGGAAGCUGCUGAUGCCUCGCCUUUUUGCCUGAACCAAAUGAAUGAUGGACGAACCCACCUUAUGUUCACACAGGAACCGUUUUUCUCAGCAGUAGCAGCAUCGAGCAAACGACCCAUAAGAAGCCAAAAGUGGCACUUUUUGCAGGAGAAAAGACGCUCAAACGGCAGCGAGGAAGAAAAAGAAAUUGUGCUCCUCUCAUGUGUUAUAUCUACUGUGGUAGUUCUGUUAAAAGGAGCAGCUCUAGAAGAAAAUGCAAAGAACAUCGCGCGAGACACCAUUAUCAAUGAGGGCACACGACAUCGACGACGCCACUGACUGACGAGGAAAACGACGACGACGACGACGACGCUGAUGAUGCUGAUGAUGAUGUUACAGGGCACAUUACACGGAACAAAAAAGUCAACUCUAUAAAAUGGAAAAUCUUAAAGACGAGCGACCACCUGUGGAUGUUUCUUGUGUCUAGCAGCAUCCUAAGUGAUGAAGGAGCAGCCAGAAAACCCAAGGAUGUCUCGUCGAUUCGGAGUCACGUUUUACAACCUAUACACAGCCAUCCAACCAACAACCAGUACUAACCAUCACCAGAAUCUAAAAUUUAAGUGUGUUUGCGAGCGUGUCUCGAUGCCUUCCAGGAGAUGGUGCUGCCCCAGAAUUAAAAAAAAACGAUAGAGAGAGUUUACAUUUUAUUACUUACCUAGCAAACAUUAAAAAUCUACUUGGGAUUACCGCGGUGCCGCUGAGCUAAAGGUCUAGAGGUCACACCCUCGCCGAACUCAUUUCAUCGGGAAGUUUCAUGAAAUGGGUCAGAUGGGUCAAGGGAGUUGGGAAUUUGAUCCCCGGAAAACAGGACAGGUACCCUGUACUUGAAGCUAGAAUUGAAAUAUUUUCAUAAAUCAAUAUUCAAAAGUCAAGUUUCUUUACACUGUUCAAAAUAAUUACUUGAAACUAAUUAUUUUUGCUACUCCUUCUAUUUAAAAGGGCGAAUAAAAACUACAGAGGAAUUGAUUCAAUCUAACAAAAAUUGUAGCUUUCUGUUCUUCCAGCUUAGCUUUUUUGAAUUCUAGCUUUCUGUUUCUUGUAAUUUUUUUAAAGGGUGUAGGCAUCUUAUUCAGUAAACGUUUUCAAAACAUAUAUUAAUAAAAAAUUCAGUCAGGAUUAGAUAUCAUCUAUUGCAUUAAGAACAUCUCAUUUGAAGCAACUUUAAUUCGGUGGUCUAAGAAUUUAAGCUUCGUCAAAUUACCAAUAAUCUAAACUACAAUUUGAACGGUGAAGCUCAUGUUUUUUUAGAUUUAGGCAACUUCUGUUCAGUUUAAAAUUUCUCUAUUUAAAACUGAACGAAAUCUUACUGUCUUUCUUUGUGACGGUUUAUUAAUUUUUCAUUAAAAAAUUUCUUCAUUGAAAUUCGUUACUUCGUUGUUCUUCAUCAAAACCAUUUCAAAACUAAUGAAUGGAGAUACCUUAACCCUCUAGCGUUGGAACAAAACUCAAUGAAACUUUCAAUACUGCUUGUACUCGAAGAGGUUGUAAUUGGAAGGUAAUUUAAAAAAGUGCAACAAUUUGAUUUAAAUCUUACAACGGAUAAAUCAAGCAAAAGUUUACUUUUCCUGGACAAACUUAUGUUUUCCACCAGAAAUCAAAAUCAUUUCCUUAAAUUUACUGUAUAGUGAAUAAUAGUGCUUUUACGAACUAUUUGAAUGGAUAUCUGCAUUUUUAACGUUUUCUAGUAUAACAAUGGUGUUAAAGGGGAUUUUAAGAGAUCUUUCUUAAGUACUGAGGAAUUGGACAUUUGAGCUAUCAUUUUCUUUCACUCUGCUUAAUUUCUUUAUUAACAUGACGAGAAAUGACGAAAAAUAGAAUCUAGACUGAAUUUCAAUUCCAAAAACAGUCUACUCAUUCAAAAAAAAAAAUUUUUUUUUAUCAAUCAAUCGUUAUUUUUUUCAACUUUAAGUCGUAGAUGGCAGUAGUAUCUAGCAGUUAAAAGGAACUGAGACCCGUUUUUAAUUAUCCGGGAUUAGUUAAUGUGUGCUGGGUGCUUUUUGGAGUAGAAAUAAGUUCUUGGUAUUUGCGUGAACGCCUUGGAAAUUCUAAGAUCACUUAACCAAACAAUUAGAAUUACAUCAAGGCCAAGGAAUAUUUAAAGAAGGUAGUGCCAAGGCAUCCCUACUCUAGUAUUGGUACAAGCUAAGACGUCACAAUCACGAAAAAUCUGUUAAUUUACUUGGAAACUUUUCUCUUUCGAUGAUAAUUCGAAGAAUCUGCUGGAAAUUUUCCACUUUGAAAGCAUGUUAUUGUAGAAGGAUUCUUGCUCCUCAAGAUGGGUGCAAAAAAAGAUGCAUUUUGAUAUGAUUUUCACCACUGAAAUUUGCAAAACUUUAAAAUAAGUUCGAAGUCUUCCAUGAAAAUGUUCAAAUCAGUGCAGUUUAAGCUCCUCAUUACAAUAAAGUGAUAAUAACACAAUUUUUUAUACAAAACCUCAAUCUUUUAUUUGCAUUUUAGGAAACUGAAUUAACAAUCAUGAAUUGAUGUUAAUUGUUCUACAUAAGAAUUGUUUAUGGUAAACCGGUUGGAUUAAAAUUAUUACAAUCAGAUGAACACUCAAUAUCUACCAGCUAGACCUUUUCGAAGCUGAUAGUAUCUUCAUUUUUGCACGUUUUAGCUUCAAGGCGACAUUGCAUUCAUUAAUAAAUUAAGAAAAAAUACAUAAUGCAAUCUUCAAAGGACCAAUAAACUUCAUAUCAUAGUGAAAUAGAGGCAUAACAACAAAAUCAAAAUGAAAUUGGAAUUCGAUUUCGUUCUGAAACUUGUUUUUCAUUGGAAUUCCUAUUCCAUUCAUCAUUCUUGUUCCGGAUCGUCAAAAUAUACACAAAUUGUUCUUCGAGUGGACUGUAUCACUCUGGGACGAUCUGGGGGAACACUUCACAAACGACACAAUUGUUUUACCGAUGUUCCGUGGGCGCAAUGACGACUACCCAAUUGACCUCUUUUUGAUGGCUUGAGAUGUAGUGAUAUGAUCACUGGGGAUUGAUUUCUUCCACUGAAUAAAGAACGACCGAUUUGGGACACUUUAGUUUUAUUCCCACUUUAACUUUGCGAUACCGACGGGGCGAUAAAAUGAUUGGAGGCGAUGUUGAUGGUUUGGAGGUUGCUGCGAACUGAUUUUAUUUUGCUAUGUUGAUAAACAGAUCGUGCCACGAACACGAUCACACGAUCGAUCGUGGAGAGUGAGUUCUCAGGAGCGAACUCACUUUUAUGCUCAGUCGCUAGGGUGGCUCUUGCUUUAUAGCAACUGUUUAUGACGUUCCAAAACACGCCGGCCCCCUUGAAACCAUACGGGUUUCGAAACAAAACGUUACAAUCAUAAUCUUAAAUCUAUACAAUCAUUGAACGACUUAAAAAUUAACAGAAUACAAUACUACAUUCAGUUUCACAAUUCAUUUCAAACAAACAUAAAAUAUUUGGUUUGUCAAGCGUUAUGUCCGUGUAUACGCUGCUUAAACCAUCUGAAAUCUCAGCCACUGGAUCGCAUUCACUCUCUCCUCUCGAUUCUCUGUGUGAAAAUUGGCUACAAAGAACUGGUGGACGGAUGACACAAACACAUUCGCUCGUUGUUUUGGUUGGCUAGUUUCAACAAGUUUCAGAAGUUUUGCAAGAGCAAAAAUAUAAGGUGCGAGGAUUUUGGCCGUAAAACCUCACAAUUUCGAAGGUACUGCUGCUGUUGAUGCCGCUGAGUGCCCUCCGUUGGGUGGAGGAAUUUGUUUCUCUUGCUGAUGUUGGACCCUUUGCUGGCUGGUGAACAGCAACGAAGAUUGCUAGGACGUGUCGAUUUCGUGAUGAACGUGAUGGUGACACUGGAUAAUUGGUGGAUGAGAUGCACGACCGGAACCGGAACGCGAUGGCCUGGUAAGCUUCCGAAGCAGUUGAUGAACUGGGUGAUGGAUGCAUUAGGUCAAUUUUGUAGCCUGUCGAUAUCCGACCAGAGGCUGAUUGUUCCAAAUUGGUCCAUGUAUCAACCUGUCGACGUUCGACCGGAGGUUGAUACAAGACGUGUGCUGAACUGAAGAUCCACAUGUCAACCUGUCGACAUUCGACCGGAGGUUGAUAAGUGGCUUGUGAUGGAUGAAGGAACUGUAGACCAAUGCUCGUUGCGAUGACCAACGCUUAUUCGAUGCUCAACCCGUCGACCUUCGACCAGGGGUUGGCAUCUGA